AUGAACAAUCAGAGGAACAAAGAUGGCUGCGAGAAUACUUCCGGUAUAGAAUGCCGGGAUGACGUCAUGAUGUGCGGGGCACGUCCGUCGAUGUUAGAUGACGAAAGCGGAAGUAAAGGCAGAUGGAGAGCGCGGGAAAGAGCGCGAACGUUACACAGUAUAAAGGGACAACUCGGAGAUGAACUUGUAACACCACUUGAAAAAGGCUUUCUUGCCGAAACGCGUCGUG